AUGACUAUAAUCGUAUUCGUUGACAAUGCGCCUUCCACUGCAGAAUACCCUGAGAUCGUCGCUGUCCAUGAACACACUACUGGUUUCCUUCUUGCUGCCAGCGCAAUGGCUGACGAAUGUUUUCUCCAUCACUACCUGGGGGUAUAUUAUAACAUCCCGGCAUGUAGCAAGAAAACCCCUUGGAACCCACCUUUCUACUGCGUCACCCGUGGCAAUGUGGUGGGUGUGUUACCCAGCUGGGAGCACACUCUAAAUGCCGUUCUGGGCAUCUGUAAUGCCAAUUACGAGGAAGUUGAUACUAUCACCAUCGGUGAGGAAAAGGAUAAUCCCCUUCUAGUGUGGUUAAGCGGUCGUGACAACUAUCUGGCAGAAAUGCUUCGGAUGGAUGGCCGAGGGGACUAUACUUCGGAUACUUGCUGCCAAUGUGGCUCUGAUCCCGCCCUGUUCCGAUGUGACAACUGUUGUGACAUGCAGCUAUACUGCGGAGACUGCACUGUCUACAACCAUUUGCGGUGUCCCACUCAUUGCAUCAAGGAGUGGACGGGGUCAUUUUUCAUAAGCUACAUCACUCAAGAAGCUCAGUCUGAGGAUCCAGCUGGGGCACGCGACUGGCAAAAGCUGUAUCCUGCCUUGCAAACUCAUACCAAACAGCUCUUGCGCAUGGGUUGGUUUCCCUCAACAACUGUGGAUCCAAGGACAGCGGCAACCUUCCGACUAUUACACCAUUACCAGAUUUUGUCUUUUGAGUCCAAGGCAUCCGCAUAUGAAUUCUAUCACUCGCUUGUCCAUAUAUCUAACAAUGUUGGUUUGAUUAAGAAGGACCGCUAUGAAUCCUUCAUGUAUAUGGUUCGUGAGUGGCGACACCUAAAAAUGUUGAAACAUUUUGGCCAUGGUCAUGAUCCAGUCGGUGUGAGUGGUACCAAAGAGGGCGAAUGUGCCGUCCUCUGUCCGGCUUGCCCACAGCCUGGCAAGAAUCUACCCCCUGACUGGAAAGAAGCGCCAAAAGCCAAGCAAUGGCUUUAUUCGUUGUUCAUAGCUAUUGAUGCCAAUUUUCGCUUGAAGAGACGGAAUAUUUCCAACGAUGAAGUGGACCCAAGUCUCUCAGAGGGAUGGUCAUACUUCGUAGAAGAGAAGAAGUUCAAGUUGCACCUCAAGGAGCAUUUGUCCGAGACACAGGAGAAAAGUUCCUGCUUGAACCAUAAUGCCGUGAAUAUGGCUGAGACAAAGCUAUCACAGGGCCUUGCAGCUACUGGAGUAGGGACAGUUGAUUGCGCGCAACAUAACUUCAAGCGCCCAAAUGGUGUCGGGGACCUACAAAAAGGGGAAAAGUACAUUAACAUGGACUACCUUUUUUUCUCCACACUCCGCAACAGCUGUCUCAACAUUCUGAACGUGUCAUAUGACAUUGCAUGUCAAUGGCACAAGAAUCUAUGGAGUCGCAUGAAGUCACUAUCUGAAUCAUACCAUAUAUCUUAUUUGUGUAUUUUUAUUCAGUUCUUCGUCCCCAAGUUCCACCUUCCGGCACACGUCAACAAGUGUCAGACAUUGUUCUCUUUCAAUUUCGCGCGUUUUGUGGGCCGUACAGAUGGGGAGGCGCCCGAAUGUGGCUGGUCCAAUAUAAAUCCGGUCGCAUCAAGCACGAAAGCAAUGGGACCUGGCUGUCGUAGGGACACAUUAGACAAUCAUUUCAGGGAUUGGAACUGGAAAAAAGUUGUCAGCUUAGGCGCAUCUCUCGCCUAUAAAAUGCAGGAAGCUGUCAUUGAGAAGGCUGAUCAUGAGGCUGCAUUCCAGGAGUUCAAUGCUGCGAUUUCCCCUGACCACAGGUCAGCAUGGACAGUCGAGAUGGAGAAAUGGGAGGAAACCCCGAAUGACACGUCACUCACUAACCCCCUCGAGUGCAAGUCGAUCCAUAAGUUUUCUGCAGCCCGUCUAAAACUUGCGCAGAUGGAAGCUGAAGAACUCGCUCACGGAAUUGACCUAUCUCUGCACCCCGACAUCUCACCAAGUGUUCUUAUCGCGUCAGGAUUAGACCUCAAGGAGGAGCAACGUCGUGUGAGAGCAGUAUCCGAAGGGAUGGGUCUCCACAUUUCUGAUACGCAGAAGGGCACACUCACACGAAUGAGGAAUGUCCUGCGUCUGCAGAUUCUCACCACUACUGUGGUUCCUGACCCUCGUCAGCCAUUUGAGAGUGCUGAGGACAUCCGCCUGUGGUUACCGUCUAAUCUGAAAGGCAAACCAUGUGAUUCCCGACUUCGAGAUCAUGAAUGGGAUUUGCGGUAUGCACAGGCCCACGAUGCACUCAAAGAGCUUCGACAGUGCCUUCGCGUGCACUGCUCUAUGCUUACGUUCAAGCGGGAGUGGGUUCAUGGUCAAGGCGCCAACACCCGUGCUCAGAAUGCACUUGCUCGUGUCCACGUGCGGCAGGUGGCAUGCACGAAGAGAUACAGAGUUGCGUGGGAGGCACUGAAGACCUUGGCACCCCUCUUGAAGAAGGUGGGAUGGCGAGGACGCCUGCAAGACCUGAAGGACGAAGACAUGAAACCAUUAGUGGACCCUUUCAGCAGAGAGACUGAAGGUCGCCAUCGCCUGACGUGGAUCUGGAUGAUGACGGGUGUGGAUACAGGUAGCGAUGGAGGUGACGUGGAUGGAGUUCACGUGGAAUGGUGCAAGUCCCGAGCAAGAGCAAUGUGCUGGGCGGAGGAGAUAGAAUUGUUACAGGAGGAGAUUAUGAGCACAUUUGGCUGGGUGGAUGGUAUCUUUGUCUCUGUUCCGCCAUCUUCGCCCGAGGACCCUUCGGGAAUGAAAGGGCAGCCGCUGUUGAUACUUGUACGCACGAAGAAUGAUGUCCUGUGGUCAUCCACGCUCAAAAUUCAACUCUGGACUUUGAGUCCAAUGAUCACGUCCAAUGACACCGCUGUCGACAGGCCGCAUUACAAUUUCCCUCCUUCUAUGACCACCGAAAUCAUCACCCCACGUCGGGGGGCCCUACGAUGCACCGGCAUGGUGCCUGGUCCAUACGGGACUGCGGUCUGGGUGCAGUCAGGAGAUUAUUCGGUUGCCGGCCUAAUAUCUUCGAACGUUCCCGGAAACACAUGCCUAUCCCGCAAUCUCACGAUACACUUGUAG